CAGAGCUGCUGCCAGCCUACACUCGCGGCCCGUUAGCGCCGACAUCAUGGAGCGCCCCGAAGCGGGUAUUACGGCCUUAUUUCGUCCAUUUCUCUCUAGCACCUAUAUUGGACUUUUAUUUUUACAAUGAGGAAACCAAAGCAUGGAGGUCAAGUGACUUGUUGAUUGUCACACAGCUCUCAGCAGUUAUCCAGAUAAGGAGUAAAUUCCAAUGAAUGUAAAAAUAUGUCAAGAAAAAGGGAAAUGUCAGAAGAAUUUGAAGCCAAUACUAUGGAUCCUCUGGUCGAUAUGCCAUUUGCUACGAUAGAUAUUAAAGAUGAUUGUGGAAUCACUGAUGUACCUCAAAUAGAUUUGGAGAAAGGCAAAGAAGAUGAAUGGAUCAGUAAAGAUCAAAUAAAGAAGAGGAAAAAAAAGCACAAAGACUAUCAACCCAACUAUUUCCUAUCCAUUCCGAUCACCAACAAAGAGAUUACAAGAGGAAUUAAGAUCCUGCAAAAUGCAAUAAUAGAACAAGAUAAGCGGCUGGCCAAGGCAAUGGCCAGUCACGGUUCCUUUCAUAUUACCCUGCUAGUGAUGCAGCUGUUAAAUGAAGAUGAAGUAAACAUUGGCGUUGAUGCUCUUUUGGAAUUAAAACCAUUCGUAGAAGAAAUCCUUCAAGGAAGACAUUUGAUGUUGCCCUUUCAAGGGAUUGACACUUUUGGAAAUCAGGUUGGAUUUGUGAAAUUGGCAGAAGGAGAUCAUAUAAACCCACUUUUGGAGAUUGCAGAGGCUGCAAAAAGGACAUUUCAAGAAAAAGGCAUCUUGGCAGGAGAAAGCAGAAGUUUUAAGCCCCAUUUGACCUUCAUGAAAUUGUCCAAAGCACCAUGGCUCCGGAAGAUGGGAGUGAAAAAAAUAGACCCCAAGUUCUAUGAAAAAUUUAUCAGUCACAGAUUUGGAGAAGAAAUGGUGCGUCGCAUCGAUCUUUGCUCCAUGCUGAAGAAAAAGCAAAGUAAUGGUUAUUAUCAUUGCGAGUCUUCGAUUAUGAUUGGCGAGUCCUCUACAAUCCUGCAGAGCUACAGAAAGGAUACCCCCAGCUGGCCAAGUGGUGAUAAGAAUGGAGGUGAGCCUGAUGAUGCUGAACUGGUAAAGCUCAGUAAGAGGCUGGUGGAGAACGCAGUGCUCAAGGCCGUCCAGCAGUAUCUGGAAGAAACACAGAACAAAAACAAGCCAGGGGAUGGGAGCUCUGUGAAAACUGAAGAGGCUGAUAGGAAUGACACUGACAAUGACAACGACAGGAAAUGAGACCCAAAUGCAGGCAGGCCCUGCUGCCCCGCGAGAAGCAUCUCUGCUCCCCUCUGCUGAGCCAAUGGACCGAUUUGCAAUGUGCUGUAGAAGUGUCUCUUCUCCAGCCUAUGUAGGUUGCCUAAUGCUCUCAUGGUCAAUGUGUUUGCACUUCUGAAACACAACAGAAGAAAAAUGGAGUGCUGGGAUUAGCAGAGGAAAUUAAUUUAUGAAAGAAGAAUGGCCCAAUUUUCACUCACCCUCACCCAUAGCCAAGGGAGAGGGGACUUUGGGUUAUGCCUCAUGGACUCAAAGGCUGUGGAAGGGGCCUUGCCAUAAUUGGAAUACUGCCGUUCAUAUUGCUUAGCAGGGCAUUUGACUACUUGAUCUGAGGCCAACACGCACACACAGCUGACAAGUGCUAAGUUUAAAAUAAUUACUGUUGAAAUUAUCCAUAUAGUUAGUCCAUAAUGUUUUAUGUUGGUCCUACGUAUGCUGUAGCUAUGCAGUGAUCUUUAUUUACAGUAAAUUUGUUUCAGGUAAAUAAUAUAUUUUUUGGCAAAAUGCAACCUUUUCUAUAAAACGUGGGCAACAUUUUAAAGGUUUCUUUUUAACCCUCUUUUGAUAAGCAAGUGUACCACAUUUAAUGUUUUUCAUUGGCAUUUGUAUGUAAAAUGUUUUAUAAAUUUUUUUUCUGUAGGCAAGAGACCUAUUGGAAUCCGGGACUUAAUUAAGGAAGCUUUGCAUCAAGAAAGAAUGGUUCAGAAGUCCAAAGUGAAACAGAUAAAAGAACUUUUAUUAAAGCCUGAUAUUCAGGCCAAAAUUAGAAGGGAGCUUUUUGA